AUGGAAGUUGGUGGAGGGGUAUCGGGCAGACCGGCGGAGGUGGAGGCGCAGCUAUUGGCUCUCCCCGACGGCCCCUGCCUCCUCGUCCUUGCCCACGUGCCUCAACAGCAGCUGCCAGCGCUGCGCCUGGUCUGCCAUCGGCUCAAACUCUUGAUCGAUGCCGCGCUGUGCCCCCGGCUCGCGGUGGACGAGGCGUCGCACCUGGGCGGGCGGCUCAGCCGGCGGCCCAUCUACAGCAGCCGCCUGGAGUUCACCACAGCGGCGGCCCGCGUGCUGCGCCAGCGUGCAGAGGGCCUGAGAGCCCUGGUGCUCGACUUUGGCGCCUACGGCUGCGUGUUUGCCUCGGCGCUGCUGGAGGCGCAGCCCCUGCCGCAGCUGAGCUGCGUGGAGCUGCACAACGCCGAGGCGCAGCAUGUGGCGGCGCUGCGCUCGCUGCCCAGGCUGCGGGAGGUCUGCCUCAGCAGGCGCAUCAACGGCCCAGUGACGGCCGGCCCCUCCGCCGAGCUGCUAGUGGAGCAGCUGCGCGGCCUGCCGCUGCGCUGCCUCAGCCUGAGCGGCUACCGCAUGCUGGCAGGCGUGCUGGGCAGCGUCGCGGAUGGGCUGCCGGGCCUGCGGCACCUGGCGCUUGGGGUGGAAAGCGUGGAGCAGCACGACGGGCGGCUGCAGCUGGCCGGGCUGGCCCGCCUGCGGCAGCUGCGCAGCUGGGAGCUGCGCCUGCUGGGCGGGCGCGCCUCGGCGGCAGAGGUGUGCGUGGCGCCGCUGCCGCCCGCGGCCAGCGCGCUGUGCCAGCUCAGCAGCGUGGCGCUCGCGCAUGUGCGGGCGGCGCCGGGGGAGCAAGCGGCCCUGUGGUCCAGCCUGGCGCUGCUGCCGGGCCUGCUGGAGCUUCGCUACGAGGAGAGCGAGCACAGCGCGCGGCAGCCGCCGCCCCAGCUGCUGGCCCUGCCCACGCUCACCAGCCUGCACAUCAGGAUGGAGGGGGCGGUGUACUAUGGAGACCCGCCCAACAGCGCCUGGUCCCAGCUGCCAGAGCUGCCCAGCGGCGCGCUGCCCCACCUCGCCCGCCUGCACCUGGACUGCGUGGGCCUGCCCAGCCUGCCGCCAUCGUGGUGCAGGCUGCCGCUGCGUGAGCUGCGCAUCAGCGGCCUGGCCUGGGAGCGCAGCUUCUACAGCCUGCACCUGCCCGACCAGCUGGCUGAGCUGGCACCCACUCUGACCCGCUUGGACCUGCCCAGCUGCGGCCUGCUGGCCCUGCCGGAGCAGGUGCCGCAGCUGACAGGCCUGUGCUACUUGGGCCUGCCCCGCAACAGCGUGGUGCGCCUGCCACGCCUGGGCCAGCUGAGCCAGCUGUCGGAGCUGGAGCUGUGCGGCAACCCGGCCACCAAUGUGGCCACGGCGCUGCAGGGCUGCCGCUCCUUGCGGCGCCUGGGCCUGGGGUCGGCCCAGCCUGCGCGGCGGUGCCUGGCAGCCGGCGAGCAUGGCGGCGCUGCGGGCGAGCAUGGCGUCGACGCGGGUGCCGCUGUGGCGGAGGAUGUGGAGGCGUGCCGCUGGCAGGAGGCGUGGUUGCACACCGUGCGGGCGGCGCUGCCCUGGGUGCAGCAGGGAGCCUGCUCCGCUGCCAAUGGCACGGAAGCGGCAGCAGCGGCGGCGGCAGCUGCGGGGGUAGUAGCAAGCUGGCAAGCGGUUGCGGUAGCCGUGCUUUCUGCGGCCCUGGCGGCCUGCUGCGCCCGCAUGCUGCUCCUGCAGCGGCGCCUGGCGCGGCUCACGCAGCAGGCGGCGUGCAGGCCUGCCAGCGGCAGCCCGCAGUGCAGCGGCUGGCUGGACGGCCAGCCCCACAGCGGCUGCGUCACCCCCGCACCCUGCAGCGACCGCCCCUCCCCAAGCGACCUGCAGGCCAGCCUGAGCAUCGACGGCCCUGCGCAGCCGCAGCCAGCCUCGACAGGCGCACCAGUCUCGCAGGCGCCCGGGGAACGCCCCACCUUCGCCUCACCCUUCAUGGCUGCAGCGGCGCGGCGGCCCUUUGCCGUCUCCCGCUCCCUCUCCCCGCCACGCUCCUCCAGUCCCGCCAGCCCCCGCCACGCCAGCAGCAGCUUCAAUGGCGGCAGGCCCCCCCGGGCGCCGCGCCAGUGCGCGCCCCCCAUGGCCGGCCACCUGCGCUCGCUGCCGCUGCCGCCGGUGAUGUCGGGGGAAGGCCUGGCCGGCGACGACGGCACGUGCGGCCGCUGGUCGCUGGCGGCGGUGGCGGCGGCCGCGGAGGCGCGCGGCAGCUUCCUGCCGCAGGCGGACACGCCCCCCAUGCUGACCCCCGCCACCAGCGCCAACGACUCGGGAACCUUUGAUCGGCAGGCGUCGGCGCUGCCCAAGCUGAUGCAGCUGAUUGCGGCCUACCAGGCCUCGUCGGGCGCCGCCUCGGCGGCCGCCUCUGCCGCUCCCACGCCCAGGGACGACGCCUGCUGCGGCUGCCCCACGCCCUCCCCCCGCUACUCCACCGCCUCGGACCACGUGCUGCUGAGCGGCGAGGGGCUGGGCCUGCCCAUGCGGCUGGUGCACUCCCUCAUCGACCCGUGCGCUGUGGAGUACCUGCACGCACCCAACGGCCGCCUGGAGCAGCUGGGCGCGGGUGCCAGCAGCCGCGUGUUCAAGGCGCUGUUCAACGGCGAGGUGGUGGCGGCCAAGGAGAUUGACGUGGGCAGCAGCCCCGAGAUGCGGGAAUCGUUCAUCACGGAGGCGCUGCUGCUGCAGCACCUGCGGCACCCCAACAUCGUCGGCUUCUUCGGCCUGUCCCUGACCCAGGACAGGGGGGUUGUACUGCUGGAGUACUGCGAGGGCCGCGACCUGCACAGCGCGCUGCAGCUGACGGCGGCAGGCAGCACCGACCGCCUGUUUUCAUGGUACCGGCGCGGGCGGCGCAUCGCCUACGAGACCGCCAAGGCCAUCAACUACCUGCACAGCAAGGGCGUGACUCACAUGGAUGUGAAGAGCGGGAACGUGCUGCUGACCGCGUCCGGCGAGGCCCGCCUGUCUGACGUGGGACUGUCGCGCCACAAGGACCUCAUGAGCUCCGCAUCCGCUGACGCCCGCUGCAUCGGCACCUUUGCCUGGAUGGCGCCUGAGCUGCUGCUGGAUACCAACGGUACCGACGACGCCUGCACCCUCGCCUGCGACAUCUACUCCUAUGGAGUGCUGCUGUGGGAGAUUCUGACGGGCGAGACGCCGCUGCGGGGCAGGCUGAGGACGCCCAGGGUCCCGGAGGAGUGCCCGCAGGCUGUCUGCGACCUGACCAUGCGCUGCCUGUCCCAGAACCCCGCGGACCGCCCCACAGCGGGGCACCUGCUGCAGGAGCUGGGCAUGCUGCUGCUCAAUUGCGCCUUUGCCGCGGACCGCACCACCACCAACCUGCUGGGCGCCGCGGGGAGGAGCAGCAGUGGCAGCUGCGCCGCUGCCAAGGAGCCCAAGCGCAAGAGCAGCGACGGGAUCCCGCUGCGCACGCUACGUCUGGAGACGCCUGGCGCCGGCAUGCGGCGCAGCAUCAGCUUCAACUACCCAUUGCUAGCGGCGGCAGCCACUGGGUUUGGUGAGGCCUCCAGCGCCGCCGACAGGCUGGCUGCCGUACAGCCAGCCCCUGCAUAG